AUGGAGCUAUCCAUCUCACUAAUCGCUGCGGUCACUACUCUUCUUCUUCUUGUAUGGCGUGUCGCCCGUUUCUUUGUUUCUCGAGGCUCUCUGUCUCAUAUAGCUGGACCCCCUCGUGCGUCAUGGUGGAAAGGUAGGAAUUUUGCAAAGUACUUCAGCCCUGAGGGGUGGGCGUUUCACGAAGACUUAUAUAGAAGUUAUGGGGGUGUCGCACGUCUUGACAUGUUGUUUGGGGAUCAACACCUUUAUGUAUCUGAUCCGCUCGCACUGUAUCAUAUCUGUAUCAAGGACCAAGCUGUGUACGAAGAAACGGAGAGGUUCCUAAUAACGUACCGGUUAAUUUUUGGAUCGAGUCUCCUAUCCACCCUCGGCGAUGAACACCGAAGACAACGCAAGUUGUUGAACCCAGUUUUCUCACUCCAGCAUUUACGCGAGCUCCUUCCAGUAUUUUAUCCCAUUGCUCACAAGCUCUGCGCGGCUCUUGAACAUGAAGUUUCGAAGGGUGGGCCGUACAUCGAUGUCAUGAACUGGUCUUCUCGGGCUGCUCUCGAAGCGGUUGGACAAGGCGGUCUUGGUUAUUCCUUUGGUGCCCUGGAUGAACGACACACCAACGCAUAUAGUGAGGCUCUGAAAGCAUUCCAGCCGUUGCUCUUCGACCUUGAUCUGUUAUUACGAUUUCUGCCUCAGGCGGUAAGGUUUGGUUCUCCGUCGCUUAGAAGAUGGCUUGUGGGGAAAGUUCCAUUGAAGCCUGUACAAGAUCUUAUAUCAAUCAUCGAUACGAUCGAGCAGCAGUCAAAGGGAAUCCUCAUGCGGAAGCAAAGGGCACUGCAAAACGAGAAGGUGCAUACACGAGUUAGCGACGGGAAAGACAUAAUGAGCAUUCUACUGAGGGCCCAUACGAACGCGAGAGGGACUACGCAAUUACCGGAACCGGAGCUUUUGGCGCAUAUGAGUACACUGAUAGUGGCGGGUCAUGACACAACUGCAAGCGCUGUUAGCCGCAUUCUCCAUAUUCUAUCGCAGAAUCAGGAAGCGCAAUCAAAGCUCCGGGAUGAGGUGACAGCAGCACGCAGAGAGCAUGGAGACCUCGAUUACGAUCAACUCAUGGAGCUUCCGUACCUUGAUGCCGUUGUUCGUGAGACUAUGCGUGUUUAUCCGCCUGUCCCACAGCUCGAUCGGGUGACAAGAAAAGAUACUGUACUUCCUUUGCUUUGGCCCAUCGUGACGACAGACGGAAAGGAAGUCAAGGAGAUACAUAUAAAGAAGGACACGCAUAUCUAUAUCUCGAUUCUCGGCGCAAACCGCAGCAAGGUAAUUUGGGGCGAGGAUGCUGAUGAGUGGAAGCCGGAACGCUGGUUGAAGCCGUUGCCUAAGAGUGUCUAUGACGCAAGCUUGCCAGGCGUGUAUUCGCAAAUGAUGACGUUUUUGGGCGGUACGAGGGCAUGCAUUGGCUUCAAGUUCUCCGAGAUUGAAAUGAAGUUGGUCCUAUCGGUGCUCCUGGAGAAAUUCAAAUUUGAACCUGGUCCUGAGAUAUACUGGGCAAUGGGUGCUCUCUACCAUCCUAUUGUCCAGGGUGAUGGUGAGCAUAGAUCUGCGGCUCCUUUGCGAGUCUCGCUUGUUCGUGACUAA